AGGAGACGGACCGGAAAUGGUCCCGACGUGUUAUUGCUCCGCCCCUUCGGUUUGCUCUGGUUUGGGAUUGCGUUGCCAAGUGUUGACAAUAAACCGGAUUUAAAGUCAUUGGUCGAUAUUUUAUUCAUAAUUUGCGGCAAUAUAGAGAAUAUAGUGUUAUCAUAACAACAGUAUGUUGUAUGAUAUAGGAGGGUACUAUUAUGAUGCCUUCUAUCCAGUAACGUUGAGUUAUUUACCAACUCAGAACUCACGUUAAGCGCUCCAGAACAUUUCACUCUUGGACGGUGACUCAUUAAGGUCUCCAAAACGUUACAAAGGGGACUUAUUGCCGGUUAAAAAAAAAAUGGAUAAAGACAAGAGGAGAGAUAGCAGGGGAAGCUGGGACUGGGACAACCCGCAGUGUCGGGCUCAGUUGGACGAAAUCUUCUUUCGCCAGCAUGAUUACAUCCAGGCGGGGACUCCAGAACAUAAGGACUUCUGGGCCUUCUUUGACCGCUUCCAGAGGUUCAGGACUAAAAAGGACAUGCAUGGCCUCGGACCUAGUAAGAGCAGUGAAACGGGUGAAGGCAAAGUAGAUCUGGGUCUACCAAAAGAGUAUGACGCGCGGUAUCGCAUCAACGUGUCCGUGUGCACCGGAGACGUCGAGGAGCGACUCGGGCGGUCUGACAGCAGAAACCGCUCCUCCGGGUUGGGACAAGAGCAGAUCGCCGACUGUCGUUCGGCAUAUUUACACUUCUUGGAUUUCAGGCAGAGGCAGAGUUUCGCAAAACUGGCAAAACUACGGAAGGACCAGAAGAAUCUGCCCAUCUACCAGUACCGCGACCGGAUCGUUGAUCUGGUGCGGCAGCACCCCGUGGUGGUGGUGGCGGGGGACACGGGCUGCGGCAAGUCGACCCAGGUACCCCAGUAUCUCCUCUCCUCCGGCUUCACUCAGAUUGCCUGCACCCAGCCCCGUCGUAUCGCCUGCAUCUCACUGGCCAAGAGGGUCAGCUUUGAAAGUCUCAACCAAUAUGGAUCAAAGGUGGGGUACCAGAUCCGUUUUGAGACGACGCGGACGGAGGCCACCAAGCUGUCGUUCCUGACCGAGGGUCUUCUACUGCGUCAGAUCCAGCAGGACCCUGGGCUCGCCCAGUACCAGGUGCUGAUCGUAGACGAGGUCCACGAGAGACACCUCCACUGUGACUUCCUGCUGGGUGUGCUGCGCUCUCUGUUGUCCUGCCGACCAGACCUGCGGCUCAUCCUCAUGUCGGCCACCAUCAACAUCAAGCUGUUCUCCGACUACUUCGCCGGCGCACCAGUGCUGCAGGUGCCUGGCAGGCUGUUCCCCAUUCAGGUGAUCUACCAGCCCAUCCCCCCGGAGGAGCAGGCGUCCCGCCUGGAGAAGCUGGACCCGCGGCCGUACCUGCGCGUGCUGCAGGGCAUCGACCAGCGCUACCCCCCGGAGGAACGCGGCGACCUGCUGCUCUUCCUCAGCGGCGUGGCCGAGAUCUCCACCAUCCAGGAGGCCUGCCAGGUGUACGCCACGCACACCCAGCGCUGGAUCGUCCUGCCGCUGCACAGCACCCUCUCCCUGGUCCAGCAGGACAAGGUGUUUGACAUCUCCCCUCCAGGGGUGAGAAAAUGCAUCAUUUCCACAAAUAUCGCAGAGACGUCGGUCACCAUCGAUGGCGUCCGCUUUGUCGUGGAUUCUGGGAAGGUGAAGGAGAUGAGCUUCGACCCCAAAGCCAAGAUGCAGCGGCUGCAGGAGUUCUGGAUCAGCCGGGCCAGCUCUGAGCAGAGGAAGGGCCGCGCCGGGCGCACAGGCCCCGGGGUCUGCUACCGCCUCUACGCAGAGUCCGACUACGACGCCUUCGCUCCUUACCCUGUCCCGGAGAUCCACCGGGUGGCGCUGGACUCGCUGGUGCUCCAGAUGAAGAGCAUGGGACUGGGGGACCCGAGGUCCUUCGUGUUCAUCGACCCUCCUCCUCCCUCCAGCAUCCAGACUGCAGUGACCUACCUGAGGGAGCAGGGGGCGCUAGACAGCCGAGGGGAGCUCACCUCGAUAGGAAGCCUGCUGGCCCAGCUUCCUGUGGACGUUGUGAUUGGUAAGAUGCUGGUGCUGGGCUCGGUGUUCAACGUGGUGGAGCCCGUGCUGACGGUGGCGGCGGCGCUCAGCGUCCAGUCGCCGUUCCUCCGCAGCGCGCAGCACAACCCCGACUGCGCCACCGCGCGCCAGCCCCUGCACAGCAACCAGGGAGACCCCUUCACCCUGCUCAACACCUUCAACGCCUGGGUGGAGGUGAAGGGGGAGCGAGGGGGCGGGUCCAGGAAGUGGUGCCGGAGGCGUGGCGUGGAGGAGCAGCGUCUCUACGAGAUGGUCAACCUGCGCCGACAAUUCAAGGAGCUGCUGAAGAGCCACGGGCUGCUGGAGCCCGCGGCGCCCCCUGGUGGCGGGCUCCCCGGGGACCGGGGCCAGCGCAGGGAGCGUCUGACGGAGCGGAGGAAGCUCCACCAGCUGAAGAGGGAGCACGACCUGGGGGAGGGCAGCCGGCGCAAGGUGCUGCGGCUGGGGGAGGACGCCGAGGGGGGCUCCGACUCCGGCUCGGACGCGGAGGACGCCGGCAAGAGGUCCAAGGACAAGAACCGGCCCGGUCAGGGCACCGACAUACAGGAAGUGAAGUUCAAGUUGCGUCACAACGUGUCGGAGCUCCAGGAGGCGGCCCUGGCCAGCCAGGACCUGUCGUCACGGCAACAGUCCAUCCUGAAGCUGGUGCUGUGCCGCGGCCUGUACCCCCAGCUGGCGCUGCCCGACGAACACAACAGCACGCGGAAGGACUCGGAACAGGUGUUCCACACCAGGAUGAAGCACAGCGUGGUGAUCCAUCCCACCAGCGUGUUCGCCAGCGACCCCGAGGUCUUGCAGGUCCCUGAGGAUGAAGUGCGAGAGCUGGGGGUGGAGCGGAAAGGCCCGGAGAGCAGCAGGCACCAGCUGCUGUCGUUCGUCACCCUGCUGGAGACCAACAAGCCCUACCUGUCCAACUGUGUGCGGGUCCCAGCGCUGCAGGCUCUGCUCCUAGUGGCCAACUGUGUGGACAGUAACGCUGACUGCAGCCGGCUGGUGGUGGACGGCUGGCUGGAGCUGGAGCUCCGGGACCCCGACGGGUCCCUCAAGGUCCUGUCCUCGGCCCUCAGCCUGCGGGCGGACUGGGAGCGCCUCCUGCAGGCCAGGAUCGGUCAAUGCCAGGGCCAGGGUCUCGGUCAGGGCCAGGGUCUCGGUCAGGGCCAGGGUCCGGGCCAGGGGUCUUCGGGAGCCGGUGGGGUGUCCCGUAAAGACAUGGACAAACUGAGCGAGGGUCUGGUCCGCUUCAUGCUCUACACGGAGGUGUCCUACAGCCUGCGGAGAUUGACAGCCUUCCAAACACAGAACCUGUACGUGGGCCCCCAGCCCCAGAGCGAACCCGCCAAGAACCCUCUGUUCCCGGGCGUGGAGGCCAAGCCGGACCCCAUCAAAGGAGGCCUGAGGGUCACCCCCUACUUCACCUACAACUGUCUGGCCGACUCUAGGGAUCUGUACAGCGAGUGUCUGCGGACGUUUUGGACGUGUCCAAACUGCGCCCUCUACAUGCCGUUCACUCCACUGGAGCGCAUGCAGCACGAGGCCACCUGCAGGCCACCCGGGGAACUGCAAGACAAGGAAGCCGUGGCAGAGAGCAGCAUCACAACAUGCUCCUUGUCUGCGCCCAGCCUGACGCGCUUGUAUCACUGUGACGUGUGCGAUGAGGACCUGACCCUCAGCUCCACCGAGAUCCUCAAACACAAGAGGCAGCACAUGGCUUCUUCCAAGUGACCCUACUCCUAUCUACCACUGGGCCUUACCACGAUCACACCUCAUCAACAACAUGAUGCACACCAAUGUUAGCCAUGUCGCUAGCAGUAAUGGCUAACACUAGAGUAAUGCACGCUAUUGUAAGUCGAAUGGAAGCUAAAGUCUUCCAACACUGUUUUAUUUACCGUUAAGGGUUCAAAUGAUACUUCAAAACCAUGUCACACUGUUCCCAUUGGACCAGCUAUUGUUGAGUAAAGUUUUCUAAGU